UUUAUUUUCUAUUACUUCAAACCGACCUCCCUUUAUUCUUAUAUCCAAACACACCUCUUCUUCUUCCUCCAGAAAUCCCUAAAUUUCAUUAAACAAAAAAUACAAAGCAGUCUUUGCAAUUAUCUAAUGGCGGCCACAGAAAAACGCUGCCACUACGAGGUAUUAGGUCUAUCCCGAGACUCUACACCAGAAGAAAUUCGAGCUGCAUACAAAAAGCUAGCUCUCCAGCGCCACCCCGACAAGCUCGUAAAAUCCGGCUUAAGCCAAGCCGAAGCCACAGCUCAAUUUCAAGAGCUAUCUCAAGCUUAUGAAAUCCUCUCCGACCCUAAAGAACGCACGUGGUACGAUUCUCAUCGAUCUCAAAUCCUUUUCUCUAAACCUAACGACGUCAAUUCGUCCGUUCCUAUCCCUAAUUUAUUCUCGUUUUUUUCUAACACCGUCUAUUUUGGUUAUACUGAUACUGGUAAAGGCUUUUACAAGGUUUAUAGUGAUGUUUUUAGCAAGAUUUAUGCUAAUGAGGUUAGCUAUUGUAAGAAAUUAGGGUUAGGGUUAGAUAAUGUUAAGGAGAUGCCUGUGAUGGGAAAUUUGGAGAGUCCUUAUGAGCAAGUUACAGCUUUUUAUAACUAUUGGUUGGGGUUUGCUACUGUGAUGGAUUUUUGUUGGGCUGAUCAGUAUGAUGCUAUGGCCGGUGUGAACCGGAAAUCGAGGAGGGUUAUGGAGGAUGAGAAUAAGAAGGUGAGGAAAAAGGCGAAGAGAGAGUUUAAUGAGACGGUGAGAGGGUUGGCGGAGUUUGUUAAGAAGAGAGAUAAGCGAGUUAUUGAUAUGAUGGUUAAGAGGAAUGCUGAGAUGGAGAAGAAGAAAGCGGAGGAGAGAGAGCGGAAGAAGAAGUUGGAGAGAGAGAGGAUGGAGAGAGCACGUGCCUAUGAGGAACCAGAGUGGGCCAGAGCUGAUGAGGAUGUUGGGGAGGUUGAUGGAUUUGAGGAGGAGGAAGAAACGGAGAAUAAGAAGGGAAAUGGUGAUAAAGAACUGUAUUGUGUUGUGUGCGGGAAGAAAUUUAAGAGUGAGAAGCAAUGGAAGAAUCAUGAGCAGUCGAAGAAGCAUAAAGAAAAGGUGGCUGAAUUGAAGGACGCAUAUGGGCAUGAAGAUGAGGAGGAAGAAACUGAAGAAGAAGCUGAUUUUGGUGGGGGUGAUGAAGAUAAUGAUCAAGGUACAGUUCUUGAUACUGAUGAGUUAGAGGAGAGGUUCAAAGAGGGUGUUAGAAUAUCAGGGGACGAGAAUGGGGUUGAUAAUCAUGAGUUGAGUGAUGAGGAAGAUGGAUUCUUUGAUGUUGAGGAUGUUGAUGAGGUUGAAGGAUCUAAUGUGGGAAAUGAGAAUGACGAUGAGCAUGAAGGUGAGGAUGUUGAUGAGGUUGAAGAAUCUAUUGUUGGAAAUGAGAAUGGUGGUGAACAUGAAGGCGAGGGUGAUGAUUGGGAAAUGAGUGUACUUAAAGCAAUGUUAAGUGGGCAUAAGAGUCGGAAAAGUAGGAGAUCAAGGCAAGUGGAUGAGGAUAUUCCAAUGGAAGUUCCCGUCGAGGAUGUAAAUGAGGAGCCAGUGGUUAUGGAGUACAAUAAUCGAAAGACUAGACGGAGGAAAAGCAAGAAAGAUGGUAAUAAGAGCAAUGGUGGUUUUCCUGCAAAGGGUGAUUGCGACGAAAAGAGUCCAGAUGAUGAAAUUAACAGACUUGAUGUUGACAAACAAAUGGAGGAGUCUCCUCCUGAUUCUUUGGCCGAAAACAAGAGUGAUGAUCAAAGCAACCACCAAUUGAGGAAGAACCAUAAUAGUGACCAGCCAGUUGGCAGUAAAGGGGACACAAAGAAGGAAUCCAAAAGCAAGUCUAAGAACUCCAAAGGAAAGAAAGGAAAGGCAACAAUCAAGUAUUCUGGGAAUUUAUGUGAGAAAUGCGGAGAGGAAUUCGAAUCAAGGACGAAAUUACAUAAACACUUGAUCGACACAGGUCAUGCUUUACCGAAAUUCUGAUGAGAUUUGGCCUUGGCCUAAGCAAUAAUACUUUAUUACCCAAAAAAGACGGUAACAAGAUACAUGUAUAUCAACCUGUCGAAGCUGUGUGCGAGCAGUCUGCUAUUCAUUCUGAAGCAAGAGGCAGUCUCCAUUUUUGCCAGCAUUUGUUUUCAACUUGUGAAUGUUCUGCAUCAGUGUGAGAAGAUGGGAUAACCCAGAGUUGUGCUCGUAUUGCAACCUGUAUGUCAAUUUUGAGGAGUGAAUAAACAGUCCAUUCUUUUAUAAUUAAGAUUUUUGUUGUAUUGAAAAAUACCAAGUCAUUGAUUUAUAGAGUUGAAAUAUAAAUUGAAUAUAUUUAAAAGAA